CUCAAUCCCCCUCCAGAUCCUCCCGCCCGGCUUCUUUUGGAGCGUGGCCCGCUCGUAACCACGACACGUCUCGGGGCAUUGGUCCAUCAAUAGGUCAACCACCGACUCUUCUGAGUCUUCUCUUCACUCUCAUAUCCAUAACCAUCCCCGUCUUCGGCCGGUGAUCCUUUUCCACUUCCAUAAUCCGGCUCCAGCUUCCGGCGGGAUUGCAAAGCAGCAUUGAUUUGAUGGGGGCAACCAGCAAAUAAAAACCAAAGCUGCGCCUUGAUAAACAAACCAAAAAUGAGUUGUAAAGCACCACCACAAACCACCCAAGAGAACAAAAUGUCACAAGCGGAGACGCGCGUCACGACAGGGCAGCCACCUUCAUGCCGUUGAACCCGGACGGACAGGCAGGAUUGACUGGAAAGUUAGAGAUUGCUACCUCCACAGGAAGAGAACCACCCCCUAGCUCCUUUCACGUUUCGGCCCCUCAUGAAAUGUUUAUGCCAUCCAUGGUCCUGCAUCAUAACAUCCCGUCCCUGAGACACAGUUGUGAAACGCCACAUCUGAGUGGGAGAAAAAGGGCCAGUCGGGAGCUCGCUUGUUGUUUUACCUAGGUAGGCCUCUCUGUACGCUCCCUUCCUCGUCCUUUUCUUUCUUUGGCUUGACCUAGGUAAGCACUUGGCACCAACAUUUCCGCAUAAACAACGCCACGGUAACGCGAGUAGAUUAAGCAUAUUCCAAUUUCUGCCAAGCAAGGUUGAUGCCUUUGUGAAUUGACUGACCAUUGCAGUGAUCAACGUAAAUAUAUGUCUACACAGCCCACAAAUUAGUAUGCGCCAUUUGUGAUGCCUCAGACAAGAGAAGCUAUUUGGGCUUUCCGGCCCGUUCAAAAUAGAAGCAAAGUGGA